AUGGAUUUUGAGAUCGAUCCUCUCAUAGAACAAAUAAAUCGUGAAGAAAAAAAAGAAACAUUUGGCUUAAUCAUUUGUGCACUAUUUCAUCACCCAAAACCGGUUCAACUCGCUGAUUUUUAUCAACGAUUAAUUAAAGAGUUACAAACAAAUUUUAAUGAUGAUGAAAAACAAUCGGUCUAUCUCUAUCCAAUCGCUCAUUUACAUAUUACUAUUACGACUUUAUAUAAUUUUAAACAUGCAUGGCCUCAAUCUCCUGAAAAAUGUUUACAAUAUUGGAAAGAAUGUUUUACAAAAUUAAAAACAGCUUCAAAAAAUCAACCAAUUAUUCUUACACUUGAUUCUAUUCAACUUUCGAAAGCAGCUGGUUAUUUUCAAUUUAAAAAUCAUAAUAAUGGUAUAGAAAAUCUUCGUCAAUCAAUUCAAACUAUUUGUAAACCGGAAGACGGACAACCAUCAUUACAUGUACCAAAUAUAAUUCAUACAUCAUUUCUUCGUUUUAUUAAAAAACCAAAUGAUCCUGUUAAAUUUGAAGAAAAAUUUCAUCGUAUUUGUAAAGAAAUUUUUGAGAAAACUAAUGAAAUUCGUUUUGAAAUUGAUGAAAUUUGUUUAGCAUAUGAAUCUCAACCUUACAUGCAUAUUGAAUGUGAUGAAUUUCACGUGCUUGAUAUAAUGAAAUGUUAA